CGCGCUUGACGGCGGGGGCGCCGCGAAAGGCCCGUGAAGGACGGCGGCGGGCCCGUGAAGGGGGAGGAGGCGCGACAGCGGCCGUGUCGCGACAGCAGCGCAGCCAUGCCGUUCUGGGGCCUGCAGAAGCAGCUGGGCAUCGAUGUGGACAGCUUCCUGCUGCGGCAGAGCAUGCCGCAGCCGCACGGCCUGGCCGCGGUGUGCCACGCCUUCGAGCGCGAGUGGGUGGAGUGCGGGCACGGGCUGGGCCAGACCCGCGCCCGGCGCGAGUGUCAGCUCGAGUACGAGGAUUUCAUGGAGUGCAUGAAGCGCACCAAGCUGACUCAGCGGCUCCGGACCAUCCUGGAGCAGCGGGACAGGAUGAUCAAGCAGGGGAAGUACACACCCCCCGAGCACCACAUGGGCAAGGAAGAGCCCAGGCCCUGAUUGCCUCUGGAAUCCCUCCUGGAAGAAAAAAGAAAAAUUCCUCUUGGAAGAAAAAUUCCCCUUGGAAGAAAACCCCCAGAGCGCGGGGCAGGGGCCCUGCUGUGGCUGGAGGGGAGCAGCCUCAGGCUGGGCAUUGCUGGGGCAGUAAAUAUCCCUUUGGAAUGUC